UUAAAAUCAAUGUCAUGAAUUCAAAUUUACUUCUUUUAUGUUGUCUAAAAACAAUUUACUAUUCUUUACAAGAGUCGCCCUCUUGUGGAAGACCCUAUGGAGGCCCCGGCCCUAAAAUUGUUGGGGGAUACGACGUAGGAUAUUAUAAAUAUCCUUGGUACGCCGCUCUUAUUUUAGAAGGUGAAGUUUUUUGUGGCGGUUCUUUAAUAACAACUAAAACUGUGAUAACGGCAGCUCAUUGUUUUAAACCUUUUAUUUCGUUAGUGAUCAACAAUGAUUCCUUUAAACUGGAAGACGUAUUUAUUGUCUUUUUAGGAAUAAAUAACGUCUGUAGGUACGAGGACGAUGUAAGAAAAUUCAGAACACAAAAAGUGUACAUUCACGACGAUUACAUAGAUAAUAUCCCUUACAAUGAUAUAGCACUUGCGGUUUUACAUAGGGAUGCGAGUACAUUCACCCCCGUUUGCUUGCCAACCCCUAAUCAUGUUGGUGGAUUAGAUUUAAAAGAGGGUUUUGUUGAAGGUUUUGGGGCCAUAUUUUACAGUGGUCCUGAUUCCUGCACUUUAAAAGAGGCAAGGGUUCUUAUAUAUUCAGAUUACAGUUGUAAAAAGAUGAUUGAAAAUACUGGAAAUGAUCCAGACUAUGUAAAAAAGGCUUUUUGUGCUGGCUAUUUGAGUGGUGGAAUUGAUACAUGUCAGGGAGACAGCGGUGGACCACUUUUAGUAGUGGGUAAACAUGGUGAAUAUGUUUUGGAGGGAAUUGUGUCUUUCGGUUUUGGCUGUGCAGAGAAAGAUUUAUUGGGAGUUUAUACCAAUUUGUCUGAGUUUUUACCUUGGAUCAGGGCUAAAUUAAAGACAGAAAAUGUCAGACAGGAAAAUUUCAUUGAAACUACAACUCUAGGGGAUGUAAAAAAUAUGCGGAGACGCAGAAGGAAAAUGAAAAGACGAAAACGAAAAAGAUUUCAAAUUAUGUAUUAUUACUAAACAAUUUGAAAAGUUCCAAGUAAAUUGAAAUGUAAAUACUAUUUCUUUUAAUUUAAUAAUAGAUUAAAAUAACGUUUCCCCAAUCCCUAGUAU